CUGCACCUGUUAGAUUUGAGAAGAAGAAAAAACUCUGAAUGAGUGUAGAUUACAUUUGAACAGCUGUGUCCCAGCCAAUCAGUCUUCUCAGAGGCAGGACGAUUCAGCAUCACAUCAAUAGAAAAACAAGCAAGACUCAGAGGGGCUCAGUGUAGUGUCCAAGUGGUGUUGUAAAGGGCACAGGAUUAAAGCGCAGUUGUGAGGAUGCUGAGAGGUGAUUCACGGUCGGAACGGAUACGCUAACAUUUACUCUAACAAUGGAAGAGCCACAAAAAGCAGAAAAAGGCCUCCCCUCACUCUGCGUCGGUUGUGGGCUUCAGAUCCGUGACCGGUUCGUGUUGAGUGUGUUUCCUGACCUGCGUUGGCACGUAGCAUGUCUGAAGUGUAUGGUGUGUCAGCAAAACCUGGACGAGUCUCACACCUGCUUCAUUAAAGACGGAAAGACCCUGUGUAAAGAUGAUUAUAUCAGAUUAUACACCACCAAAUGUGCAAAAUGUCUAAAGUCCUUCAGCAGUCGUGAUUACGUCAUGCGUGCAGGAGUUAACGUCUAUCACGUGCAGUGUUUCCGGUGCAAGUGCUGCGAUCGGCAGCUGCUGCCCGGAGAUGAGUUUACCAUCCGAGACGGCUUCCUGCACUGCACUGGUCACGAAAACUCCAAUCACGGACUAAUAACACUUACACAUGACUCAGCACAUGUGACUGACCUGGACAGGUGUGAUGAAGGAGCAGACACUUCCCAGUCAAGCGGAGAAGGUGACUCUGGCUGGCCCAUUAAGCCCAUCAAGCCUGAGAAGACUGCACGUGUGAGGACGGCACUCAGCCAGUCUCAGCUGCAUGUGCUGCGCACGUGCUACAACGCUAACCCACGACCAGACGCUACGGUGAAGGAACAGCUGAUGGAGCUGACGGGCUUGAGCUCGCGCGUCAUCCGCGUCUGGUUCCAGAACAAACGAUGCAAAGACAAGAAGAGGAGCAUGCUGGAGAGACAGAUGCAGCAAGAGUGUAGAGAACAGAUCAAUAUGAUGGAUGAGCCACUGUUGGCUGUCACUCCUGAGAUCCUGGACAUAGACACACUAAUGCACCCACUGGACCUGCAGAGUCUCCAGCCAUCUUGGAAGCUCCUGACGAGUCUCUUGCAUUUAGACAGUGAUCACACGCCUGAUCCGGAACCGGUGACUCUCAACCAGAUAGAUCAGCCCUAAUGUUCACUGCUAAGUAGUGAACACUACAUCAGAGUUAAGUGCAUAAGAAGGAUGGAAAUGUGUAAUAGUAUUGUUCUUUGUGAUUUUCAGGAGUUUAUAUCAGACAGUAAUAUGAAGGUUUAUUCUACAGUAAUUUAUACUGUGUUAAAAUCCACCAAGCUAUUCAUUUAUUGCAUUCUAUGCAAUUUCAUCAUCAAAGGAGACGUGAACUACAUUUUUCUUGGGUUGAUAAAGACAUGCUGCGUGACCACUGACCCAGCUGACAGUUUUAAAAAUGAAAUGGACAGCCUCAACUAAUUUUUUCUUUGGGUUUUCUGUAACAAAGUCUCUAAAUGAAAUCAAGCUGAUGUGUGACAAAGUUUAUUAAAUGUGCUACACAAACUUAAAACCAUAUCUUAAAUAAUGAUGUUAAAAUGUCUUAAGAAAUACUGAGCCUUAUGUAUCUUAUGUAAAUGUCUUCAUGGGACAAACUGGACUUAAAAUUCCAGUCAGAUUUGCUUUGUACGCAUGUGCAUGCAGGAUUUUGAAAACUGCAAAUCAGUAAUAAAUUACCUAGUGCGUUCAUGGCACAGCUGAUUUACAUUUAGUGAUGCUUACAAACCUGCAUAAAAGGCAGAACGAGAGAGCUGAAAAUGUCAAUGGUGAAAGCACCCCUUAAUCCCAACAUGCGCUAAAUAUUCCAGUAAUGCAGCUCAGCAACCUUCCUCCUUUUAUGGGGUGCCAUUACUUUUGUCAUUAUUAAAUGGUUAGUUUUAUGUGUCUUAAUUUAAGGAAUUGUUUUGGAUUGCUUUCUUUGUAAACCGAUUGAUUUUCACAGAAUUUCUUUUGAAAUAUUUGUGUGAAAUAAAUAAUUGAUUUAAACCCAUAUUUUAAAAAAAUGCAUUAAGUAAUUUCUAAUUAAAUAAUUUGAUCCCAAUUAAUUGUUUCACAUUAGCAAAUUAGACACUGUAUAUGUUUACACAAUUUAUACCAGCUCAGAAGAUCACGUUCGCCUCACACCUCCAGGGCCGGGGGUUCAAUUCCCACCGUGGCCCUGUGUGUGCGGAAUUUGCAUGUUCUCCCCAUGCUGCGGGGGUUUCCUCUGGGUACUCCGGUUUCCUCCCCCAGUCCAAAGACAUGCAUGGUAGGCUGUUUGGCGUGUCUAAAGUGUCCGUAGUGUAUGAAUGGGUGUGUGAGUGUAUGUGAUUGUGCCCUGCGAUGGACUGUCACCCUCUCCAGAGUGUACUCUGCCUUGUGCACGAUGCCUCCUGGGAUAGGCUCCAGGUUCCCCCGCAACCCUGAAAAGGAGUAAGCAGUUGAAGAUGGAUGGUUAGAUGGAUGAACUUGCAUAAAUUGCUCCUGUGAACUAUUUAGAUUUUUUUUUUCUUAUCCAGGUUGAAAAAUAAGGCCCAAUUAUCCUCAAAGUACUCACAAAUGUUUCUUCUAUUUCUCAUUAAAAGCACCACAGUACAAAUACUAUCAAAUUUCUUUGUUACUUUUGUAUUUUUACAAAUUGAUGUUCAUGUUUCUUCAGUUUUUUUAUUACAUUUAUUUGUACUAUUCCCCAAAAAUAAACGUCAUUUCUCUCUUAUUUCUCCCAACCCUUUGGUUCUAUCUGAAAUUAAUGUUAUUUACUGUCUUUUAUAUACUCAAUAGUUAUGUUUAUUCUUCUUUGUUAUGAAAACAUUGCUAUUUAUUAUCUAAUAAUGUAAUUUAUUUUCUUACUUUGUUAAGUUUUCAACAGAAGUUGGUUGUGUUUAUGGCAAGUUCUAAACCCCACAUAAUGAUUGUA